AUGAUGUUGACCACUGCAGCUCUUAUUCUCAUUGUCACCAGUAAAGUUGUCCUAGGACAGGACGACAGAGAGUAUUUUGGAGGAGAUAUUUUUCAAUUGGAUAUGGCCGUGAAUUCAGUUGAUGACCGAUAUGAUGGCUGUAGAGAGAAAAUGGAAAACCUGGUGAGAACAAAAUAUCUAAAACAAGAAAUAUGUGCUGACUUAUCUGGCUUUGGAGCAGCUUGGAUAAACAGUACAGGAAAAAUAUCUGAAUCAAAAAAAUUGAAAAUGCACCAUUUAAGUGCCAUCACUGUGUACACUGGUCUUACAGUAAACCGUGCAUUCAAUCAGGAUGUUAGGACUGGUAGACAAAAAUACAAAGAAAAGAAAUACACAUGGUAUUCGCUUCAUUUUUUGUUGACAGAAGCGAUACAGAUUCUUAAGAAAAAGCAAAAUAAAUGUAAAUUAACUUAUCGUGGUACCAAAGUUAUGUUUAAUGAAAAUGUUCAGAACAAAGAGAUUCGAUUUGGUUCAUUUGCGUCCUCCUCUCUUGAACUUAAAAUAGCAAAGCGGUUUGGAAACGAAUCUUGUUUUGAAAUUAAAACAUGUUAUGGUGCUGAUGUGUCAAAAUACUCCUAUUUACCUUAUGAGAAAGAAGUGUUGAUUCCCCCAUAUGAGACAUUUAAAGUCACUGCUAUAAAGAAGAGAGGUGCCUGGUGUAACACUGUGUUUAAACUGGAGAGCUCUGGGAUAAAAAGUAACUUAAACUGUGCAGUGGCAUCAGUCGAGCCCAGGAGAUAUCACAAUGUCAUUAUCUCUGACUGA